AUGGAAAGGAUUCCAGAGCAAAUGGGUUAUUUGAUCAUGACGAUGGACGGGGCUGUGAUUUCGUCCGGUGGUGAUUUAGAGAAUAAUGAAAAAAUUGCGGACAUCAUAUCGAAAACAAUUAGCACAAGUAAAAGCUUAUAUGUGCCCGAUGAACAAUUCCAGAACAUGUCAAUUUUGUUUCAACAUUAUCAUUAUUCUGUUUGUGUGUCAAACAAGAAAAUACAUGUUUCCAAAAUUAGACAUGAUCCCAACGCAUUAGAAAAUGAUGAAGUCAGAAUGGUUACCGAAGGUUCUUGA